AUGCUGAUCCGGGCGUUUUCGACGACGGCGUUGCGGAGCCGAGCCGGCUACUCCACGGUUGAGCCGGUGCACCACCUUGUCAAAAUUAAAAAGAACGCGUUGAAGCCAGCUCUUUCCGAGUUGUUAAAGUCUUCAGAUGACAUCACCGCGAUCAAGUUCAAGCCUACCGAGAUUGACCAAGACCGGGUCCAGGAAUACUACGACAACACCCUCAAGCUGGAUCUCAUGCUCCACUUCUACGAACACGACGCAAACACCGUCUACGGGAACAAGCUCCGGUCGUGGGGUAACGACUCGCCGUAUAAGAUGUACCGUCAGUUGAAGAAGCCGGUGAAGACGCUCAAGCAAACUCCCGACGUCCACCCCAUCACCAACAAGUCGGUCCCCGAAAUCACGCUGAUUGUUGUUCAAGCCUACAACAAGGAUGCUCUUGAAGAGCUGUGGCUUAACAUUUCGACCAAAUUGCAAUUAGCCCAGAUCACCAACGUCCGUCCCAAGCAGUUGUACUCGCGUACUAACAUCUUGCCGUGGAAGACUCGGGUGGGCAAGCAGUGUGGGGCCAUGGUCGAGUUGACCGGGCGUGACAUGCACCAGUUCAUGUCGACUCUCUCCGAGUUGGUGUUGCCGAGAAUCAGAACCUUCCGCGGGAUCUACAACUCCACCGGUGACAAGCAAGGUAACAUCACGUUUGGGCUUGGUCCCGAGGACGUGAAGUUGUUUCCUGAAAUCGAACAGUUUCAAGACUUGUACCCCAACUUGUCUGGUAUGAACAUCACUUUCAAGACCCUGGCCAACACCGACGACCAGGCCCGCACCUUGGUGAGCUCGUUCGGGUUCCCCUUCUGCAACAGAACUAAGGCGUAA